AUGUCGGAAUGUACAAUCGCAUCAUCUGAGAUCGAACGACUGGAAAUAAGCGAUGACAUACCCGACAAAUUGAUCUACAAAGCACUCCCAGUGGGCGAAUUCAUACGCGUGUUGAAGCUUCAACCUGGCGAAACCGACCAAGACAUCAGAUGCAGCCUCGAAAUUGUUGGCAUAGAAGACUCCAAAGCGACCUACGAAGCGAUAUCGUACGUUUGGGGUGAUGCCAAAAACACUGUCAACAUAUGGUGUAAUGGACUGCGAGUGCCAAUCACUGCCAGCCUCGCAGAUGCUCUUCGAAACUUCCGCCGCACAUCUAAGCCUCGAGUACUAUGGGCGGAUGCCUUGUGCAUUAACCAGAAAGACGAUAGAGAGAAGGGACAUCAGGUCGAGAGAAUGGGCGAGGUGUACACCAAUGCAAAACGUACACUUGUGUGGCUUGAUCGCGAUAACCAGGAUAUCGCUGAAGACGCAUUUGCUCUCAUGUGUGAGACGAAUACCUACUUGGCGGAUUCAUUCUUCCAGGCAGACCAGAACUUUUACAAGAUGAGACCCUUCGCAAAACCGUACCCUAUCUGCAUGGAAAAGGAAAGAUGGCGAGGGGUCGCGCAACUCUUCGAAUUUCCCUGGUUCAGACGAGUAUGGACUGUCCAGGAAGCCGCCAUCGCUAAGGAAUGCCGCUUGUAUUGGGGCUCGGUCAGCAUCGAUAUCGCUGAUGUAUUGGAAAUGACUUCCGUAAAACCAUUCGAAAUGUCGUCGGGCAAAUCAACUAUCUUAUGGGGAGGAACAUACCAAUCUACCUCCAUUACAAUACGCACCGGCCAGAACGAUGGCAGCAAUCCCGCACUGGCUUGA